AUGAAUGAGAUUGAAUUCAGAAAAAAAAAAGCCGCAGCAUUUAUAAUUAUUCACCAGCUGUUAAAAGAAAAAAUACCUCGACAAAGACGUUUGUGGAUAACAAAGUUGUUUCAAAAUAAAUUAAACAACGAUAGCUCAAGUUUGUUAUCCAUCUUAAAAUUUGAUGAAAGCACUGGACAAUAUAAAAAUUGUAUAAAGUCGUCCAAACUGAGCGCCGCACAACACAAUUACCGACAACCGGUCGGAUCAUGUGGGUUGUACGCCGCGAAUCCAAACGCAACACACAAGCAUGUCUCGACAAGUCCAAAUCUGCAUUAUUUUUGCCAAACAAAAUUUCGUCAAAUUUCAAAAUACAAGGCACACACAAAUUUGCUCUAAUGUGGACACAUCUUAACAUGUUUAUUAUUCUUAUUUUGUUCGUACAUUUAUAUUUGUGUGAUUAUUUAAAUAGGUAUUAACUCGACCGUUAUAACAUUAAUAGUUAAUACCUAAAAUGAUUAUUAUAGUAUUAUACUAUUCAAUGUUUAUUCAUUACGUGUGUCUUGGUGUUUGCUAGUUGCUUUUUGAUACAAAACAUAAAAUUUAUUUUAAUUAUUUUACAUUGGCUGUUCUUGUAUAAAAUGAGUUCAUCUGAACAAUUAUUUAGUAAUUUUUAAUAUUAAAAAAAUCACAUAUUACUGAAGAAAAAGCUAUUGCUGUAAUUUCUGUUGAAAACAAUAAUAGUGAUGCAGAAGAUGAUUUAAAUCCAAAACCUAACUGUAGUAUUACUAAUAUUAAACCAGAUUAUAGAUACAAUGUUAGUCAAGUUCAAAAGAGAGACAUUGUUAAAAAGUGGUUAAAUAUUCUAAUUUAUUAUUUCAUAGUAAAUAUAAAAAAGUGAUUAAUAUAAAUUUAUUGAAGUAAACUAAUUAAUAUAAUGAUUAAAAUAAAUUGGUUAUCAUAAAUAAUUAAAAUAUUUGAUAAGUAUAAAUUGUUCAUUAUAAACGAUUAAUAUGCAUAUAAAUAUAAUUAAAAUAGCACAAUAUAUAAUAAAAUGAUAAUUUAAUAUUAUAACUUUUACAUUAUAUAUUUUUAUUAACCCAUGGAAAGUAAUGAUUUUAGAAGAAAUUGAGUAAAUUUAGUCAAAUGGGGAAAAUACUCUUGGAAGUCCCUCGCUAAGCUUUCAAAAAAGUGACCCUUCAAAAUAUAUUUCUUCACUUACAGUUAAUAUUUCACUCAAAAAACAUAAUAUUGGACAAACUAUUCUCCGUAACUCAUCCGGGGAAUAUGGAUUUUGUGUCCUUCGGUUGGCCUCUCUAAUAUGUUUUACCAAACACUCUACUGAUACCCAAUUAUUUUCUAUUUGCUCUCCGUGAGAUCCUUCCGCCACAAUAUCCUUUAAUUUCUCCUUUAGAGAAACCUUUGCUCGUUUCGUGGUUAUAAUUAUCUAUAUACGACUAGAUAGAAUGGUUGGUCACAUUACACGGGUAUAUACAAUUUAUAGUUUAGAACGUUGGCAACUCCAUUAUAGUGAACUUGUGGUCUUAUAAUUUUCUGACAACUGGAACAUUCCCGAAAUUAUGAUCUACAUAAUUACUCGAUGAUAAAAUGAUUCUGUAACGCUCGUAGUGGACCCGUACAUGUCGCUGUAACCGACUCAACCUUUAUACAUUUUAGUCCAUUCGUUAAUUUGUUUUCUAUAUUAUCGAAAUAGACCAAAAUUAUGUUUUGAGCUAUGAUUGCUAGCAAAUUCUAUAAACAACAUCACGGGACCUGUACAAAUAGAGUAGCGAAAAAUGUCUUAAAGUGUCCCUGAAAUUGAGAAUAAUUUGCUUAUGUUUUGCCCCUCAGAUUGAUGAUCAGACUGCUUUUAUUACAAAUUAUAUUGAAGAUAUUUAAUAGAUUAUAAUUUUUUUCAGUAGCGGUAACUUAUAUAUUUGUAAGUUAUAAUACUUUAUUGUUACUACAAUAGUUAAUAGUGAUAAAAUAUUUUAUACCAUUGUAUAAAAUAAUUUUAUACGCUAAGAACCAUUUUUGGUUAGCAAGAUUAAUCGUUGCGUACAGAUAUAAAUUAAAUUCCCCUCUAUAUCCUACCUUCUCAAUUUUUCAUCUAGUGGCACACCCGUCGUACGAAGUAUGUCUAUCUUUUUCAUUAUAAUAAUGUGACAAUCAAAAUUUCUAUAGCUAUUAUUCAUAAAUUAUAAAUGUAGUUAAUGGUCAAAAAUAUUACCAAAUAAAGGGUUAAUUUAUCAACAUUAAUAAUUUUUACUAUUUCUUUGUAAAUAUAGUACAUUAGUACCUAUUGGCUAUUUAUACAGAGUUAAUAUAAAUUGUAUUAUAAUCAUUUGUUUCAUGACUUCAUGAUUACUAGAUAUUAUAGUGAACAUUUUGAAACUUGAAAUCCGUAUUAAAUUAUUGUAGAAACGAACAAACAAAUCUUGUUUUCAAACAGGUCAGUUGUUCUUUUAAGUAAUUAUGCUUAGUAAUAGUAUAAACAAUAAAAUUAAUUAAAAAGGAAAAAUCAAUUUUAAAUUAAGUAGGUAACCAAUAUUUCAAAUUUCAUUAAUAACAAAAUUAAUAAUAAUACAUUUAAAAUGUAACAUUUUGCUAUCAGUCAUCUAUAGAUUCUAAUUUUUAUCAACAAUACAUUAUAUAUUUUUAAGGGGUUGUAUAGGCACCUUUAAUAUUAUUGUGCGCUCCAGUGUCUCCUAGAAAAUUGACAUGCUUGCCGUGUAUUUAUAAUAAUUUCUAUCACUAUAAUAUUAUUGAAAUUCCUUUUUUAUUAUGUUAUUCUAUAAUUAUAUAUAGUUCAGCCAACUCGCAGUAUAAUGCGAUAUAACGAAUAAAACAGUAGUUCCCUUGAAAAUCUCGUGAUAUAUCAAAAAAUUAAAUGUAUUUUGUAACCCCUUGAUAUAACAAAGUUUUUUAGGAAUUUGUUUUCUAGAAAAUUUAAAAAAUCAAGUAGCUCUAAAAUUGUAUAUUUAUGUUAUUUUUGUUACCCUUAUUUUUGGGGUAAAACUACUAUCAACUUGAUUUUUAAAUUGCAACCUGAACCUAUUAAAAGUUCAAUGUAUACAUUAAUUUUAACUAAUACUCUAUCUAUUUAUUGACUUUUAAAUAUAGGUUGUUAUUUAAAAAUCAAAAGUAGGUAGUGGUUAAACCCCCGAAAAUAAGGGUAACAAAAAAUAACAAAUAUACAAUUGUAGAACUGUUUGUAAUUUAAAUAUUCUAGAAAAUAAUGUCCGAAAAAAGUUAAUACUUUCCGAGAUAAUGAGUGUACCCACUUAAAUGGAUCAUCUGGUACUAAACACAGUGAUCAAUCUAGCAUAAGGCACUCAUUAUCUCAGAAAGUAUGCACUUUUUUGGAAUUUUUGUUAAGAAACAAAUAGUUCUGAAAUGUUAAAUUAUCAUUUUUAUUUUUGUCAUUCUUAUUUUUGGGGGUGAAAUGAAUACUUACUUUUAAUUUUCAAAUAGCAACCUACAAAUAAAAUUUCAUAAAUAGAGGUAGUAUUAGAAAAAAUAAAUAUCGGUAUUGAAAUUUUUGAUUUCCGUCAAUCCGUUGACAAGAUAUUUUAUUUUAAGUUUGGGCCGUGGCCGAAGAUUUCCUCUAUGGCUCGGUGGCACGCGGUGGGUGUGGCAUACGGUUGCUUGCGAAAGACAGCGACAUCGCGGCGGUCGACAGCGGUUUCAAGCUGAUCACGCCAUCGGACGACCGCCUGGCGUCGGACGCAGCAGCCCAUGCUGAGGAGACGGCUGGGAGGCGUCUACGAAAGAAUGCGAAUGUGGCUGAGGUGGGCCACUACUUUUCGGGCAAGGAAGACUGCGUGUUCUACGAAUCGCAUGGGUAUGGUGAUGUGGCCAAUGUUUGGUCAAGAGCGCGUAAUGCGUCUAAGCGUUUAGGCGUCUCUUGGACCGUGGACGGCAGCCAUAACGCUAUUACCCGUGUCGGGGCGAUUCUCCGGCGAAAACAACGUCGGGAAGUCAUGAGGACCAUCCGGGAGUCACUCCGUCUGAAGAGGACUGAGGCCCUUGCCACGAAGCCGGACCAAGACAGUUCCAUGGAGUGUGUGGCGGCCGACUCGGCUUCUACACACUUCAUCAAUGCAGGAGACUUUACGCGGUUCAUGAACUGGAGAUUUAUACAUAGGGCGUGGUUGAACUUGAUGCCACUGAAUGGCUUCUCAUCAUGGAGAGCCGGUGACCGUAGAUUUCGGCAAUGUGGUUACAUAACAGAAAACCUAUCUCACAUCGUCGAUCACUGUACACGAUACACUGCGUUCUACUUGGUGAAGCACAACGCCAUCGUGGCCAGGAUCAAGAAGGCAGCCAGGACGCAGUACCAAGUGAUCACCGAAAAACAGGCGAUUGGAGUAAGAGUAUGA